CUUACGGGAAAUACUGCGAUUUUUACAAGAUGAAAUUCCUGAUCGUAGCUUCUGUCUGCGUUGCUGUGGCUUUCGGCCAAAACAACAGAAUCGAUCCAAAACCCAGCGUUCGGAAUUUACCAGCUGAAGUCAGACAAGAGGCUCCAAACCAGUGUUCUUCAUUCACUCAGCGAAAGGCCUUCGCCGUGGGCCAGUCUUGGUCCCUGGCUCCCUUCUGUGGCAAGGCCACCUGCGUUCAACAUGAAGGUAAAUUCUUCGAAAGGGUGGAAGACUGUGGCAUUGAGCCCAAGCCAUCUCCCGGCUGCAGAGUAUUGAACGAAGCCAACAAAGAUAAGCCAUACCCAGCCUGCUGCCCCGUGUACGAGUGCCAACAAGGUGCCUCCCUCCAGUACCCAACUGAACAAGAGGUUAAGGCUGUUGCACAACAGGCUGCUCAAGCUGCUGCACAGAGAGGUUAAGAGCCUCAGGUGGCCUUCCUUCCUUCCAGACCAGACAACCGUUCUCUUCUCAGUCUUUCGUUCCAUGUUUAAAAUCAUUAUGGCAUCUGAUGUGUUGCAGCAGGAUAAUUGUCAGCGGUUUAAUUUUGUUUAAAACAUUAUUUGUUGAAACUACUUAAAAAAAUAUUGUGAAUUGUUCUGUCAUUAUUGUGUUCGUGAGAUGUAAUAAAGUAGUCUUUAAUUUC